AUGGCAACGAACCAGUCCAUCUUCAUCCCCAACCGCUUCGACACAAGCGAGCGCAAGCGCCAGGUUGUCGAACAAGUCACACAGCAACGCCCUGGCCCUGAAGCGCCUACUGAAGCGCCGCCGUCGCCGACAUUGACGAACCCUGACAUGAUCCUCCCCUUCGACCACGAGCGCGAAUCGUCGACGCCGUCUCCCCCAUUUCGUUUCGCUUCGUCGGAAACGCACGUGUCUCAAAACUCUGACUACAACUACCACGAAGACCUGGACACAUCGGCUGGAGGAGCAGGGGGCUUGGCUCCUAGUCGCCCUCCUCGCCCCAGAUGGACGUACGAGGGCCAUGCUCCCAGCCGGCCGCUGUCUGAUAUUGGCGAAGAAGACAUACAAGCCAUCUCCCCUGCUCUCGGAGGCAGAUUCCCAAGGAACACGCUAGGCGUACCGGACAGGGAAACAGAUUCUUGCAGCACCGCGUCAAGUUCAACCCUCAGCGCGGGCAGUGCGCAUCGCGCUGCGCAAAAUGGAGCUCGCCCGGAUUCCAAGCACAAUAGCUAUACGAGCCAGAGUAGUAUAGAUGCUGCGCGAGCCCAGACGAGCGCCGCCUUGGUUUCAGGCGAUCCCCAACUCGAAGAGAACUCCUCCGCUAUUCUUAGCAGCGAAGCAGAGCGAAUCCUGGAAAAUGCUAAGAAACGAUUGACACUCAUGGAAGGAAACCUCACCCGAGCUCGCUCAUCGAUUCGCCUAACGCCUUCGCCAUCGCUGCUGUCAACAUCGCCUCUACCUUCGGGAUCUCUACUCCCGGCUCGAAAUCUUCAGCCAGCCGGAGAGCUGUACCGAUCGAUUUCGCAAACUGAUCGCCGAAGUUCGAUGUUUCGACCUCGUCCGGCCAAUAACGCCCCGCAAGAAUCCGGCCAUUCAAGGGGUCACAGCGAAACAAAUAUGUCGACAGCUGAUGAUUCCAAUACACUGCAGCUUUCGCGAUCAAUGAGUGCCUUGGCAUCUUUCAGUUCGACGCGGUACGAUGCGGAAGAAACUUACUCCCCAGGCGCCAACGGUAGUAGUCGAUCAGCAUCUAGCUUUUAUCAGCCGAAACUGGACUCCCUUCGGGAAGGCGACAGCAAUUAUAGACAAAACUAUUAUGGAUCCGAGUCUGACAACGAAGGCCCGGCGGCGGGAUUGGGGAUAUCAACGCCGAAGAGAGUGACAAAAAUGUCGUCCAUGGAGGACUUCAACUCUGCUUACCCAAUAGAGAAACCGCCCUCUCGCGCCCAGUCGCAGUUGCAAGUCCGUGAUCUCAAAGACCAGGCUGCAGGCCUAAGGACCAAAGUCGCAUUGCUCAAAGUAAAGACACAGGAGGACAACCUUCGGCGCCGAAGCUUGCAGAGUCUGCGUACCCCGAGCCCGUUCACAGCUGCCGAACAAUGGUAUACCAGCGCGAUGGAGCACCAACAAGGGAGCCCCAAUAUAGGUAACAAUGCUGGAUACGGUUGGGUCCCAGAAAACUCGACCGAUCAAGAGAAUUAUCAAGAUCUGGUUGCGGAAGAAGAAAGGCAUCAUGCAGAUGGUUUCGCAAACGGUGCGGCAGAAGAAAGCGCGCACACCGACCAUCGGGCACCGGACUAUGAUUUCGACAUCGGAGACGACACUCAAUCCAUGUAUAGCACCUAUGAGGAUGCCGAAGAAGGUGACUACGACGACGAAAUCGACCGGGAAGCUUUGGACAGAAUCCUGAACGAACCAUUUGAUGAUGAAGAUGAAUUUCAGGAUUUCCCCUCCGAAUCUGCGCCGGAAGCAACCCCUCACGAAGAGCGUGAAGAUGCUUUCGAUUAUGAGAACUUUUAUCUCCACAGUGCUCUUGGUUCCUACUCUCAAUCAAUGCGACGACGCAGCCAUGGCUCUACGGGCUCAACGGAAACGACGAGACCACCCCAAGAGCGAGGAAUGAAACACGGUCGUAACGGCAGUGGAGAUUCUGUGUCUACCCUCGCCACAUUCGCCACAGCCACCGAAAAUGCCUACUCUGACUAUGAAGACGACGAUGAUGAUGAGGACGGUCAACACGAAAUAGACCGGGCACUUGCCUGGGAUGAGAACGAAGAUGAUGUAGUCACACCCGUUCAAAGCCGCAGAGCAACAGUGGUAAGCAGGCCCAACGAACCACGCAACCAAGAAAGCAAGGCGAUUCGGGGGGACGGCAUUUUGACGCCGCCGGGGUCUGCAGCUCGCGAGCAAUCCACAACACCAGUCGACGCGUUCAUGUCGUCGCUUUCUAACACGUCUUCUCGACCGCCGUCGAGCUUGAACACGGACGACACCCGUGUUCUGGAGCAACUUUUUGAGAGCCUAGGCAAAGUCUGCAACGAGCUGCAGGAACUGACCCUGCCCAGCGAUGACGCUGCCGACUCUGAUGCUGAUCCAAAGCAUAUCCGCACGUUGCGCAGGCGACUCGACGCAGCUCGUCGUGCCCUUGAGGGCCAGCUUGAUUGA